CUCUCUCUCUCUGUGAGUUCAGGAAAAUGGCAGAGGCGAGUAUUUCAGUAGAUCAGGAUCAGUUCAGCUGUUCAGUGUGUCUGGAUCUCCUGAAGGAUCCGGUGACUCUCUCCUGUGGUCACAGUUUCUGUAAGGUGUGUAUUAAUGGCUGCUGGGAUCAAGAGGAUCAGAAGGACGUCUACAGCUGUCCUCAGUGCAGAGACACUUUCACUCCAAGGCCUGUUCUACGCAGAAACAACAUGCUGGCUGAAGUGGUGGAGAAACUGAAGAAGAAGACUGAAGACCAAACAGCUUCUCCUGCUCACUGUUACGCUGGACCUGGAGAUGUGGAGUGUGAUUUCUGCACAGGGAGAAGAUACAAAGCCAUCAAGUCCUGUCUGGUGUGUGUGGCUUCAUUUUGUGAAACUCAUCUUAAAACUCAUCUUGAUAUUCCUGCUUUGAAAAAACACACAUUAAUUGAAGCCUCUGGAAAUCUACAAGAGAAGAUCUGCUCUGAACACGAUGAAGUUCUGAAGUUCUUCUGUCGUACUGAUCAGAGAUGUAUUUGCUCUUUGUGCCUGUUGGAUAAACAUAAAGGCCACGACGCUGUACCAGUUGCAGCAGGAAGAGCUGAGAAACAGAGUGAGUUAAAGGAGGAGCAGAUGAAGUUCCAGCAGAGACACCAGGAGAAGCAGAAGAAGGUGCAGGAGCUGAAACAGACUGUGAACACUAUAAAGCUCAGUGCACAGACAGCAGUGGAGGACAAUGAGAUCAUCUUUACUGAGAUGAUCAGCUCCAUGGAGAAAAAGCGCUCGGAGGUGACGGAGAUGAUCAGAGCUCAGGAGAAGGCUGAACUGAGUCGAGCUGAACGACUCCUGGAGCAACUGGAGCAGGAGAUUGAUGAUCUUCAGAGGAGAGUCACUGAGAUGGAGAAGCUUUCACACACACAUGAUCACAUCCAUUUCCUCCAGGCUUUAGCUUCUGGACCUCAGUCUCCUCUAUUAAACAGAACAGAUUUUGUCACGUCCAGCAUCAGUGUCCCUCAACAUCUGUCAUUUGAUGGAGUGAGGAAUUCUCUCUCAGAUCUAAAGAAUAGACUGGAGGAAUUCUGUGAGGAGGAAUUCAACAAAAUCCCUCCAUAUGCUGCAGCAGUUCAGAUCAUUUCACCACCAGAGCCACAGAACAGAGAAGAGUUUCUGAAAUAUUUCUGUUCUCUGACUCUGGAUCCCAACACGACAUAUGGUCACCUCAUUCUGUCUGAGAAGAACAGGGUGGUGACAUUCAGUAUGAGAGAGCAGAAGUACUCUGAUCAUCCAGAGAGAUUUGACACCUGGUGGCAGGUGUUGUGUAAGGAGAGUGUGUGUGGACGCUGUUACUGGGAGGUGGAGUGGAGCAGUGAUGGUGUGUCCAUAUCAGUCUCAUAUAAAGAUAUCAGCAGGAAAGGAGAUGGUAUUGAGUGUUUGUUUGGACGCAACAAACUGUCCUGGAGUCUGGAAUGUUUUUCUUCCUCUUCUCUCUCUUUCUAUCACAACAACAUUAAGACUGAUCUCAGAGUUCCAUCAUCCCCCAGAAUAGGAGUAUAUGUGGAUCACAGUGCAGGAACUCUGUCCUUCUACAGUGUCUCUGACACCAUGAAGCUCCUCCACAGAGUCCACACCACAUUCACUCAGCCUCUAUAUGCUGGGUUUACACUUGGUCUCCUGUCAAAAGUGAGGUUGUGUGAUCCACAAAAUGAAAUGAGUGAUCUUUCGUUCUCACACUCUCUCUGUGAGUUCAGGAAAAUGGCUGAGGCGAGUAUUUCAGUAGAUCAGGAUCAGUUCAUCUGUCCAGUGUGUCUGGAUCUCCCAAAGGAUCCGGUAACUAUCCCCUGUGGUCACAGUUUCUGUAAGGUGUGUAUUAAUGGCUGCUGGGAUCAGGAGGAUCAGAAGGAUGUCUACAGCUGUCCUCAGUGCAGAGACACUUUCACUCCAAGGCCUGUUCUACGCAGAAACAACAUGCUGGCUGAAGUGGUGGAGAAACUGAAGAAGAAGACUGAAGUCCAAGCUGCUUCUCCUGAUCACUGUUACGCUGGACCUGGAGAUGUGGAGUGUGAUUUCUGCACCGGGAGAAAACACAAAGCCAUCAAGUUCUGUGUGGUGUGUGUGGCUUCAUUUUGUGAAACUCAUCUCAAACCUCAUCUUGAAAUUUCUGCUUUGAAAAAACACACAUUAAUUGAAGCCUCUGGAAAUCUACAAGAGAAGAUCUGCUCUGAACACAAUGAAGUUCUGAAGAUCUUCUGUCGUACUGAUCAGAGAUGUAUUUGCUCUUUGUGCCUGUUGGAUAAACAUAAAGGCCACAAAGCUGUAUCAGUUACAGCAGGAAGAGCUGAGAAACAGGGUGAGUUAAAUCAGGAGCAGAUGAAAUUCCAGCAGAGACUCCAGGAGAAGCAGAAGAAGGUGCAGGAGCUGAAACAGGCUGUGAACACUAUAAAGCUCAGUGCACAGACAGCAGUGGAGGACAAUGAGAUCAUCUUUACUGAGCUGAUCAGCUCCAUGGAGAAAAAGCGCUCGGAGGUGACGGAGAUGAUCAGAGCUCAGGAGAAGGCUGAACUGAGUCGAGCUGAACGACUCCUGGAGCAACUGGAGCAGGAGAUUGAUGAUCUUCAGAGGAGAGUCACUGAGAUGGAGAAGCUUUCACACACACAUGAUCACAUCCAUUUCCUCCAGGAUUUAGCUUCUGGACAUCAGUCUCCUCUAUUAGAUAGACCAGAUUUGGACACGUCUAGCAUCAGGGUCUCUCAACAUCUGUCAUUUGAUGGAGUGAGGAAUUUUCUCUCAGAUCUGAAGAAGAUACUGGAGGAAUUCUGUGAGGAGGAAAUCAACAAAAUCCCUCCACAUGCUGCAACAGUUCAGAUCAUUUCACCACCAGAGCCACAGAACAGAGAAGAGUUCCUGAAAUAUUUCUGUUCUCUGACUCUGGAUCCCAACACGACAAAUUAUAACCUCAUACUUUCUGAGAAGAACAGAGCAGUGACAGUCAGUAUGAGACAACAGAAGUACUCUGAUCAUCCAGAGAGAUUUGACAUCUGGUGGCAGGUGUUGUGUAAGGAGAGUGUGUGUGGACGCUGUUACUGGGAGGUGGAGUGGAGCGGUGAUGGUAUUGUGUCCAUAUCAGUCUCAUAUAAAGACAUCAGGAGGAAAGGACGGGGUGAUGAGUGUCGGCUUGGACGCAACAAACAGUCCUUUAGUCUGGAAUGUUCACCUUCUUCUUCUCUCUCUUUCUAUCACAACAACAUUAUGACUGAUCUCAGAGUUCCAUCAUCCCCCAGAAUAGGAGUGUAUGUGGAUCACAGGGCAGGAACUCUGUCCUUCUACAGUGUCUCUCACACCAUGAAGCUCCUCCACAGAGUCCACACCACAUUCACUCAGCCUCUAUAUGCCGGGUUUACACUUAGUCUUCUGUCAAAAGUGAGGUUGUGUGAUCCACAAUAACAUGUAUCUGGUGUUUUAUGGUCAGUAACAAGUACAAAUUGAAUCAUUAAUGAUCUUAUAGACAAAGUGUUUCAUUUCAGCAGGAUUACUCAUUAUAGUGUCAUUAAAGAGGUCGUUCCUGAGAAACAAAACACUUGUAAAAUGUAACACAAACACAGAAUAUUCAUUCUUUGUAACAUGGUAAUCAUUUUUAUUUUAAUCUAGAAGUGAGGUUUGUAGGUUUAAGGGGUGUGUCUGUGUUCAGAAUAAACCAAUCACAUUCACUCUUAUGUAUAAAGAUCAUUCAUACAUCUGCACCAAUGAUAUGAUUCUGAUGAACUCCAAAUAA